ACCAUCAAAACUCAACUCAACAACUCCAUGGCCAAAGCCAAGAAGUUCAGCUGGGGCUCAGCCCUGGUCGGCGCGGCGGCCGCCUACGCCGCAGCCCUGGUCAUGUCCUCGAAGCCGCGGGACCCGACGUUCCACCUCAUCUCCAUCGACGUCACCUCCUUCAAGCUCAACUUCCCGGUCCUCGACGCCGAGGCCAUACUGACCGUCCACGUCACCAACCCCAACGUGGCCCCCAUCCGCUACUCCGACACCGUGAUGUCCAUCCGCUACGCCGGCGCGCUCCUCGGCUCGGCUCCCGUGGAGGCCGGCUCGCAGCCGCCGCGCUCGUGCCAGCUGCUGCGGCUUCCGGCGCGGCUCAGCGGCCUCCAGCUCGCCCAACGUGCCAAGAGCUUCGCGGCCGACGUGGGGCGCCGGGAGAUGCUGCUGGACUCCACCGUCGACAUCGCCGGCACCGCCAAGGUGCUGUGGUGGAACCACGGAUUCAGGGUCCACGUCGACAGCCACGUCAUCGUCGAUCCGGUUUACCUCGAUGUAAUUGGUCAGGAAAAUAAAUCCAAGCUGGAAUUGUUUGUCACUUAUAAAGGAUAUUUGGUGCUAGUAUUAUAUUUUGAAUCUCCCCACGUUUCAAUUUCUUUAGCUAUUAAAGUCAAGAUCUAAGUAGUUUGCUUAUUCGAGUUUUCAUUGUCUUUUGGUUUAUUAUUUGCAUAAGCUUCGUCAAAUUUGCAAUUUGUUCAU